AUGCCUGUGUAUGCAGACCUGCCCGUUGUCAACCUGGUGGACCCGACGUUCCCUGAUUUCGGCAUUGAUGAUCUGAAGAUCCGCGCUUCGCAUUUCAUUUUGGAGACGGCUGCGUUUGCAGCCUGGGGCACCACUCCUACUGAGUCCCUGCCAGAGGACGCGCGCGCUUCGGCGUGGCGGGUGCCGGAGGCGAUCGUGAAAUUGAUACCAGAAGCCGUUCAACAGAUUUUGCGUUGCACUGACGGUCAGCCGUUGGUGGUCCUGCGCAAUUUCGAUUUCGUCGAUAUCUGCGCUGGCAGCGCCCGCAUAACCCGCUGGUGUACUUGGGCAGGUCUCCAAGGGUGCGCAUUGGAUCGGCUGUACGGGAGGCACAUGGAUAUCAACGCAGAUGCAGGCAUGGCCCUGGCGAUCUUGGCAAUACUUCGCGUGCGGGAGCACGGCCUGGUGUUCAUAGCAGCGCAGUGCUCGUCGUGGGUGUGGGUGAGCCGCAGCUCGACGGGCCGCAGCAAGGCCAACGUGAUGGGGAACGCAGCAGCGCCAUCCGUGAUCGAAAGCAAUAUUUUGAAUUGUCGUUGUGCGGUUUUGUGCUUGUUAUGUGCUGCAAUCGGGGUGUACUGGGUGAUCGAACAACCCGGCACGUCCUUGUUUUUUCAGACGGCAGAAAUGCAGCAUGUCAUGCUCAACACAGGCGCCCGCCUGGUCAAAUUUUAUAUGAGCUCGUACGGCCACCCCAGCUGCAAAGAUACGAUUCUGGUUGGGACAGCGCCGUGGUUGCCGCAGAUUGCCUUCGGAAGCGCGUCGCUUACAUAUAGUUCUGCAACACCGAAGGCCAAGCCGCGCCCGAGGUCGCAGCCGAAGAAGGCUGACCAGGUCCGCGGAACAGCCAAGCUUACGACUGAAGUUGUAAAGCAUGGUAAAAAGAAAGUGACGGGCAACAAGCCUUAUCCAAUUGGCUCCUGCCGCCCCGUCAGCCUCGGCGCAUAUUCAGACUGA